CGCUGAUGCAGGAGACAGCCCUGUGGGCACAACAGCCACUACAAACCUGGAGCAGCCGCAGGUCAUUCCAUCGCAGGGCGACCUUCUGGGUGACCUCCUCAACCUGGACUUGGGACCCCCAGUGAACGUUCCCCAAGUGUCCUCCAUGCAGAUGGGUGCUGUGGACCUCCUGGGAGGAGGGCUGGACAGCCUGGUGGGGCAGACCUACAUUCCCUCCUCCGUGCCAGCCACCUUUGCCCCUUCACCCACCCCAGCGGUGGUGAGCAGUGGACUCAACGAUCUUUUCGAGCUCUCAUCUGGUAUAGGCAUGGCUCCGGGAGGAUAUGUGGCUCCGAAGUCUGUUUGGUUGCCUGCAGUAAAGGCUAAAGGACUGGAGAUCUCGGGCACAUUCAGUCACAGACAGGGACACAUCUACAUGGAGAUGAACUUUACCAAUAAGGCUUUGCAGCACAUGACCGACUUUGCCAUUCAGUUCAACAAGAACAGCUUCGGGGUCAUCCCAAGCACCCCACUGGCCAUUCACACACCUCUGAUGCCAAACCAAAGCAUUGAUGUCUCCCUGCCCCUCAACACUCUGGGACCAGUCAUGAAAAUGGAGCCUCUGAACAACCUUCAGGUGGCUGUGAAAAACAACAUUGAUGUCUUUUACUUCAGCUGCCUAAUUCCUCUCAACGUGCUUUUCGUAGAGGAUGGCAAAAUGGAGCGCCAGGUCUUCCUUGCAACAUGGAAGGAUAUUCCAAACGAGAACGAGCUUCAGUUCCAGAUUAAAGACUGUCACUUGAAUGCCGACACUGUUUCCAGCAAGCUGCAGAACAACAAUGUCUACACCAUUGCAAAGAGGAAUGUGGAGGGCCAGGACAUGCUCUACCAGUCUCUGAAACUCACUAACGGCAUCUGGAUCUUGGCCGAGCUUCGCAUUCAGCCGGGGAACCCAAACUACACGCUCUCCCUGAAGUGCCGAGCUCCCGAAGUGUCCCAGUACAUCUACCAGGCCUACGAUGCCAUCUUGAAAAACUAACAGGAGAUCAGCCUGUGCCUCACCCUGCAGAAGGAGGGGGGAGAAAGGGGUCCCCAGAUCCUCCUUCACCACUGGUGCAGGGAAAAGCACUCUUAACUGGAAGCAGCUGUAUUCAUGUGUAGGAUUUCAGUCAAAGGCACUGAUUAAACAAGGUAGCAAUUAGUAUCCACAUGCUAAUGAUGAUAGGGAACAAACCCCUUUGAUAUUUUUAGCGUCCAUGGAGUUUGUAACCACUGCUUCAACUACUCCCAUGUCCCCCUCGCCCCUCACUCAUUGUCCGUCCUUGUGGGCUUCUCCAUUUUGUGCCAAUGUUCAGUGUUUUCUAAAUGGCUUUAGGCGUAGUUACGAUUUUGUAAAAUACUGCUCAUUGAAAAAAAAAAAACCAAGAAAAACCACACAUCAGCUCAUUAAAACAAGGCAAACGUGUCGAAAA